CGGCCAGCUUUAAGCUUAAAUUUUUCUCAUUGAAAAAUGUUCUUUUCUUUCUUGCCUAUGAUUCUUUCCUGAGGUGCAUGUCCUUUGUUCUGUUUUUUUCCUUCAUUCUCACUCACCAACCUCACACCCUAAUAAUCCUAUGUAUAUCUUCCCCUUCAGCCCUUGUACCUGUGUUCUUUAGCUUUUAUUUUCUCAUCCUAUGCAACUUUUAUUGACGCCCACUUCCUGCCUCCUUUCCUUUUCUGUAGUCUUCACCUUUCCCUUCACUGCAUUCCAUCUCCUAGUCUCCCCGCAGCACGUUCCUAAUCCAGUUAUCCCUUCCAGCCUGUCUCCCCUCCCUUUCUUCCUUCUCCCCGCCUCUCAGUUCUCUUCUCUCCCUUUCUCCCCCUCCUUCUUUCACGUAGCACCGGGUUAUGGCUGUGUCGGUGUGCAGGCUCAGUGCGCAUGCGCCCCACUGCUUGCAGUUUCAUGUGAAACAAGGGGAGAGUGCAGACACAUAGGGGAAGAAGAGAACUAGCGAGCGAGUGAGCAAAGAGAAAUGCCUAUUGCUGCCAUCUCACUGCCCCCUACCUCCUCUUGAUCCUCCCUCUGUCUGUGUCGGUGCAACACACAAGGAGGAGGAAUAAGAGGCUGCCCCAUGAUCCCGUAGGCAUGGUCAGCUCGGCGAGUAGAGGGGGUGGAACAAACCCUUCUCUCCAGCGCACACAGUGAGUAGCUCUGUCUGUACGCACCGGCUCAGCCCCAGCACUGCCAUCUAUGUGCUACUAGACACAGACCUGGCUGUGCGUCCUGCUACGUUUCUGCGACUCGGGACGGGUUCUUCUUACGCUGCGCACUUUCUGCUGCUUCUACUGCUGCUGCUGGGGAAAGGAAGCGCAGUGCGGUGCCAUGGGAAACUAGAUGGGCAGCAGUUGGCGCAACGGGAACUGGAUCGAGGGGGUCUCAGGAGUCAAACAACGGACUGGCCUUUCUGGAGCAGAACCCUUUGUGGUGCGGCUUUGACAUGGUGUGAGAAUUAGGAGUGAGAACUGGGGACACCGUCGUGGCUGGUGCUGGGUGGGUGGGGGGCACAGCAUGGAUUUGGAUUACGCGACACCGAGCAAAUAAGUGGAUCUGCAGCGCAUCACCUGGAUUUGGCUUGCGCCCAACUGAACGCUAUUUUCCACAUUUGCCGUGUGGCAUUCAGCAGAGGAGCAAAGGCGACGGGGGGCUUUUGGGGAGGCUGUCGGUGUGCUCCAGUGGAUUUGCAAUUAAGCACCUGCGGCAGGGUGGAUCGAGCUCUGGAUCAUUAAGGAAUAAAAAGCAGGGAAAAGUGGAUUCGGCGAAGAAGCUCCUGAAUUCCCCAGGCGGCAGCUGCACUUGGCAGUAGCUACAGAAGGCGCCGCUAGCAUGUGUGCUGUACAAGUGAAGUUGGAGCUGGGCCAUCGAGCCCAGGUCAGGAAGAAACCAACACUAGAGGGAUUCACUCACGAUUGGAUGGUAUUUGUCCGGGGGCCAGAGCACAGCAACAUUCAGCACUUUGUGGAGAAAGUUGUCUUUCAUUUACACGAGAGCUUUCCCAGACCUAAAAGAGUGUGCAAAGACCCACCGUACAAAGUAGAAGAAUCCGGAUAUGCUGGUUUUAUUUUGCCAAUAGAGGUCUACUUUAAAAAUAAGGAAGAGCCUAAGAAAGUCCGUUUUGACUAUGACUUAUUUCUGCACCUUGAAGGGCACCCACCUGUGAACCAUCUUCGCUGUGAAAAACUCACCUUCAAUAACCCCACUGAGGAGUUCCGUAGGAAACUUCUUAAGGCGGGAGGAAUUAUGGUCAUGUCAGAGGGAACUUCUUUCUCUUCAGGAACCAGCCUCCAUCUUCCCAGCCUUCCCUGUAACUCAUUGUCAUUUUCAGACGUAAAAAAGAGCAAAUCAUCUCAUGGAUCCAAGGACCCAAAUAAACUUGUUAGUAUAAACAACAGCAGCAACAGCAUUAGCUUUUCAAAACCCCACAAGUCAUCAAAGGAGCACAAAGAAAAAUCAUCAAAAGACUCAAAAGAGCAUAGAAGUGCCUUCAAAGAACCAUCCAGGGAACAUAAUAAAUCUUCCAAAGAAUCCUCAAAAAAACCCAAAGAAAACAAACCACUGAAAGAAGAAAAAAUAGUCCCUAAAAUGGCCUUUAAGGAGCCUAAACCCAUGUCAAAAGAGCCAAGGUGUGAGAACAAUAAUAUUCUUACUGUAUCCACUGGACAUCAACAAGAAAAGAAACUUUCUAGCAAGAGGCCUCCACAUUUAGACUCUGAGGACCCAUUUGACAGGAAACGAAAAAAAAGCAACUCUGAGUCAUCAGUUAAAAGUUUUUCUAAUUCCUCACUCCUUAUAUUGUCAUCUUCUGACAAAAAGCCACUUAGGGACAAAUCUGUGCAUAAAAUUGGGAAGGUAAAGGUUGAAAGUGAAGUAAUGGACAAGAAGAAGCUGUCACUACCCCCAUUUGAAGACAUUGUAGAUCCAAAUGACACAGACAUGGAGGAUAACAUGUCAUCCAAAUCAGAGUCAGGUCAACCUAGCCCCGCAAGUUCUAGUUCCAGUUCCAGUUCCAGUGUGGCCCCACCUCAUAACCACAGACAAGGUUUCUUUGUGUCCUGCCCAGGCCCCCUGCGGUCAUUUGUGAAAGACUUACAUUCUGAUGACAAUGAAGAUGAAUCGGAUGAUGCAGAGGACAAUGACUCUGAGAGUGAGAGGACGAUCCACAUGCACGGAGGGAGCCGAGCUCGCAGGAUUAGCCUCAGUGAUGGGAGCAACAGUGAAAGUAGUUCUGUUUCUUCUCCUUUGCGACAUGAACCUCCAACUUUGUUAAAAACAAGUAAUAAUCAGAUCCUAGAAGUGAAAAGUCCUAUCAAGCAGAGCAAGUCUGAAAAACAGCUCAAAAACGGGGAUUGUGACAAGGCAUACCUAGAUGAAUUAGUAGAGCUUCACCGAAGAUUAAUGACUCUAAGAGAAAGACAUGUACUUCAGCAGAUAGUGAAUCUAAUAGAAGAAACUGGACACUUCCAUAUCACAAAUACAACCUUUGACUUUGACCUUUGUUCUCUUGACAAAACCACAGUCCGUAAACUACAGAGCUACCUGGAAACAACGGGGGCUUCUUGAGGGUGCGAUAUCAGCCUGUUUGGACAAUUUAAGGACAGGAAGAAAUACUGAACUGUUCAGGAUAACAAAACAAGAUCCAGGUCCUCAAAUAAAAAUGGAUAAAGAAAACCUCUGCCUAUUUUUUUCCUUUUUUUUGUUGUAUCCUGAGAUCACAGAUGAAGAAAACAAAAAUAACACGACACAUGGAAAGUUAUCCUUCCUUACUAUGUUUUUGAGAUUAAACCUGGAAAGCCUUGAAUUUAAAAAAAAAAAAAAAGACAUACAAUGUUAUUUCUUAAACUAAUGUGUUCGAUAUCAUGUGACGUUUCGUGGCAUCUGAGUCCACAAGACGUAUGCAUGUUACUCACACACUGCCUUACUACGUGACUGCUUUAUUUAUUACUGCAUACCUGUAUUCCAAAAGUCAUUGUGGAAUGACACUACCAUAUGCUACAAGCCACUAUAUGCUCCAUUUUACGAGCACAACCCGUCACCAGAAUUCAAGUGACUCUACACGCAGGAAAGUUUCUCCAGCCAAGCAGUGAACACUUGCUUACUGUUUCCACUGCUUUGUUUUUAGGAAUUGUAGACACAGAAAUGAAGAAGAAGAAAAAAAAGCGGACCAAGCUCAGUUUCACUGUCAGCCUUGUUUGAUUCAGGGUAUUUGUCUCAAUAAAUCAUCAAAUGAUCAGUCUUUCAAAAAAAACAAAAAAAAAAACAGCAACAAACAAAUGCACCUAAUAGCAUUAUGUGACUCGUAGCCUUACUAGAAGCAUAAGUAGGAUGUCAUGACAAAACAUUAAGCGUUGAACUGAUCUGGAUCCAACAUUGUUUGUCUAAUCAAUAUGCUUGUGUCGAUUGCAAUGUUAUUUCUCUUGCUAUCUAUAUAUACAUAUAUAUAUAUAUAGGGAAAAAAGAGUAAGGGCAGCCAACAAUUUCUUUGUUGAAAAGCACCCUGUCCCCCAUUCUUGUCUAAAGAAAUGGUGUAGAAAUUUCUUUAUUUGGGACUAUUUAUUACAAGUUUCCGCUGUCUGUUGACAGCAGUUGUUAAUUAUUGUUACUAUGGACAAGUGGCAUUCAAAGUUAGUAUUUUUUUUUUCUGUAUGUUAUAUAUUUGUUUAUGGUUCACUAAUGUAAACUUUUUUUCUACUCGGAAAUUAAAUUCAUUUUCCUUGAA